AUGUACAAACCAAACUCUAUGUGGACAUGGUCCUUCGCCAUUGUCGCUUUAGUUCAAGUAAUUAUCACGCUUGCCCUAGAAGUAUAUGUGUUCGCCAACUUCCAGAUCCAACUUCAACCUCAAGGUGAACAAGUCGUCGCCGCGAAAACGAUCCCGACCUUCCUAGCCCUGUACUGCUUCGGAUUCAUCUACGAGCUGAUUCUAGUAUACGAUGCCCUCCGCCUCAAAAACACCAUUCAAAUCAUCGGGUUGUGUUUUUGCAAUAUUGGUCUGUUGAUCUAUGGAGCCGUUCAAGUCCAACAAAUCAAGGAGGGUCUUAAGGUUUUGACGGACAACGACUCUAUUAGCUAUGAUAUUUGGGAUCAGUCAGAGCCAUUCCUGAUUAUCAUUCCAAUUGUUGUUGCUUUGGGUAGUGUUUUGUUGGUACUCGUCGCCUGGAAGCUUUAUGAUGAAUUUGCAUGGUCCAUCUACAAACAUAUCAGUGCCGAUUUGCGCAUGAAGCGUCGUUACCUGACCUAUCAGAUUUACAUCGCCUUGCUCAAAUUCGAUUUCUUCUUCUUCCUCGGUUUUACCGUCCAAUUCCUGGUCAUCGUCACCAACAGACAAGACAUCGAGUUCGCACUUACCACUGCUGCCAUUCCGGUUACAAUCCUGAUUCUUCUUUGCGCCGCAUUCUUUGUGCGUCGCGAAAGCACAAUUGGCAUGAUCGUCAUCAUUCUCCUGUAUUUCGCAGCAAUGGCAUACUUCCUCUUCAAGUUGGUUCGUAUGUACCAGCCAGCUACCGCCAACGACUACCUUUCUGCCCGACGGUCAUUGACAUUCUUCGCCAUCAUUACUCUUAUUCUGAUUGUGAUGACCAUAAUCAACGCCUGUGUAUGCAUGCACAACUUCCACAAGGGGCUGAAGCCCCAUAUCAACAAGAAAAAGAAGGGCAAGGAUGCGGAGAAGAACGACAAUUCUACCGAAUUGUCGACCGUUGCCAGCGAGCAAGUGCCCACUCGAAUGAUGAUCGAUUAA